AUGGGCAAUGAGCAUAGCAUUUGUAGAUUAAAAGUUCAAUUAAAUGAAACUUCUGAAAAAUUUACUCCAGCUAUUCGUGGGUCAGUUACAUUAACAAAGUUUUACCAACGCCAAAAGGUUUACUUUUUUA